CAGGUGUGUCUGACCCAGUUGCCUUUGGUACUAGUUUUUGUUCUAUUGAUUGUCAGCUCAGAUGGUUCACGACCAAUUAAACGAGCACAGCCAAAACCUAAAGGCUGCGCUGAACGUCAAGAGGAGGUGUUGGAGCAGAUGUAUGGGCAUCUAGCAGCAGGCAUGCUCGGUGCCUACCACCACACGCUGCAACUGCAGCCACUCGAGAAGGAGAAUAUUACCUGCCCGGCUGGGAUCCAUGGAAGGGCCCAGGCGGAAGGCAAGCAGCAGCUGCCUGUCAAUAUAAACAGCAUUUCUCCAUGGGCAUAUAGAAUUACAUAUAACCCUACAAGAUACCCUAAGUAUAUCCCAGAAGCAUACUGUCUGUGUAAAGGUUGUCUGACAGGCCCCUUGGGUGAAGAGGACUUCAACUUCCGCAGUACACCCGUUUACAUGCCCACUGUCAUACUCCAACGUACAACUUCAUGCACAGGUGGUCGGUAUGUCUACGUUGAAGACUACAUUACUAUUCCAGUGGGCUGCACCUGUGUGCCAGAAUUAGAGAAGGAGGCUGAAGCAGAUAGUGUGAAUUCAAGCCUAGAGAAAGAAAAGUUCAAAGUCAACAUAAGUAAAAAUGAGAAACCAUCAUCCAACUGA